AUGAAUUCUAUAAGAAAAAUUGACCAUUUGGCUUUUGAACACCUCAUGGAAAGAGAACCUAAAAGUUGGUGUAUGGCAUUCUUUGAAGUUGACAGGGCUUGUGUUACUUAUGAGAAUAGCAUAUCAGAAAGUUUCAACUCUGUUAUUGAUCUUGCUAAGAAGAGACCACUCCUCACAAUGUUGGAAGACAUUCGAAUUUAUGCAAUGGAGAGGAUGUAUAAAAUGUUGCUAGAGGGACAAAGUUGGGCUUUUGGGAUACAAAAAUAUGAGGUUAGGAUUGGAAAUGAUGGAUAUGUUGUGGACCUUACUAGCAACACAUGUGGAUGUAGAUCUUGGCAAGUACCAGGUAUCCCAUGUGUGCAUGUAGUGGCAACAAUUUCAUGCCUCAACAGGAAUGCAGAGGAUUAUGUUGCAGCAUGGUUCCAUACAUCUAUCUUCUUGACUUGUUACAAUCAUACCAUUAAUCCACUUAAUGGUAGUUCCAUGUGGCCUGAAGUGUCUUACAUGAAGCCAUUUCCUCCACAAAAAAGAAGGUUACCAGGAAGACAACCCUUAAAAGGGAAAGGGAUCAAUCUGCAAGGGAAAGCAAGAGGAAAAGAAGGCAUACUAUCUCAAAAGUAG